AAGGGGAAGUUAGAAAAUGGAGCGUAAUAAUUGGAGGUUAAUAACGGAAGGAUGGGCAGUCCUAUCCUAUCAAUCCAAACAUACUUGUAUUUGUAUACGUAAAUUGCACCAUUCUAUAAAUAAAAUUCAUUCACUCUCCUCCUUCAUAUCUCACCCCAUGGGGAAGAAGAUGCUCAACAAUGAUAAUAACAACCAUCAAGACUCUGAGAUGGUCAUCCAGAUUUCUAAAUCUUCCCCUUCUCUCAAACCCAAUGACGAACAAGAUCCUUUGAUUCUUCCUUCAUCAAACUCCAAGCUCUCUCAUCACCAACACUCACCUCCACGACAACCCCGCCUUGCUUCUCUCGACGUCUUCCGCGGCCUCACCGUUGCGCUUAUGAUUCUUGUUGACGAUGCUGGUGGAAUUCUGCCUGCAAUUAAUCAUUCACCUUGGAAUGGUUUGACCCUUGCAGAUUUUGUCAUGCCAUUUUUUCUCUUUAUUGUUGGUGUUUCUUUGGGGCUUACGUACAAGAACUUGUCAUUCAGCACUGUUGCAACUAGAAAAGCAGUAUUACGGGCAUUGAAGCUUUUUGUAAUAGGCCUUUUUCUUCAAGGAGGCUUUUUCCAUGGGAUCAAUGAUCUAGUUUAUGGAGUGGAUAUUGCGAAAAUAAGAUGGAUGGGAAUUCUGCAGAGAAUUGCAAUAGCAUAUCUUGUAGCCGCAUUAUGUGAGAUUUGGCUAAAGGCUAAUGACCGAGUUAGUUCAGUAUUAUCUCUAUGGAAGAAAUAUCGAUUUCAGUGGGCUACAUCUAUGGUGCUUACUGCAAUAUAUUUGUCUUUGUUGUACGGCUUGUAUGUUCCUGAUUGGCAGUAUGAGAAUCCAGUUGAAACCUCUUCCUCAGCACAUAGGAUAUUUUCAGUAAAAUGUGGAGUACGUGGUGACACUGGACCGGCUUGUAAUGUUGUUGGAAUGGUUGAUCGAAAAAUAUUUGGUGUUCAACAUUUAUAUAAAAAACCAAUUUAUUCACGGACAAAGCAAUGCAGUAUCAACUCCCCUGAUUAUGGUCCACUACCUCUUGAUGCACCUUCAUGGUGUCAAGCACCUUUUGAUCCUGAAGCUCUUCUGAGUUCAGUGAUGGCCGUUGUAACCUGCUUGAUUGGUUUGCAUUACGGACACAUCAUCGUCCAUUUUAAGGAUCACAGAGAUAGAAUGCGUAACUUUGUAAUCCUGUCUUCUUCUCUUGCAGUCUUAGGCCUUGCCUUGGACCUCUUUGGAAUGCAUAUAAACAAACCUCUAUACACAUUCAGUUAUGUCUGUGUUACUGCUGGAGCUGCUGGCAUUCUAUUUGCAGCAAUUUACUUCAUGGUUGAUGUGUCUGGUUAUAGGCGCAUAACUUCGGUGUUGGAGUGGAUGGGAUUACAUGCACUGCUGAUUUACAUACUCAUAGCCUGCAAUCUCCUCCCAGUAAUUCUGCAAGGAUUUUAUUGGAAGCGGCCGGAAAAUAACAUACUAAGAUUAAUUGGGAUCGGGAAAAAAUGAGGGGAUGGCACAGAGGUUGGAGGAUUAUAAAUUAGGGAAAGAUUGAACGUAUUCGAUUGGCAAAACCACCACACAACAUGGUGAAAACAUAGCACAGAGGGGUCAGGUCCUUUUGUAUAGUAAAAGUUGGAGGCCAACUUAUUCACGA